UGUCGUUCAUUUAAACAAAUCUUGACUUGUCGUCGACGUGGUGGAAAAGUUCCUGCAUUUUCUUGGUGAAAAACUUGGGAAAAACCCAUUCUGAGUGGUUUAUUUGUCCUCCUCGUUGUGCAGGAAGACUCGACAAUGGCUGCUGUUGAACGGAAAGGGACAUUCAAGGUGGAAUACCUGCAGAAGAUUGAGAAGGAUGUUCAAGCCAAGUGGGCGGCGGAGAAGCUUCACGAAUCUAAUGCUCCUGAAACUCCGCGAAAGUCGCUGGAUGAGAAGUUCUUUGUCACCUUCCCAUUCCCCUACAUGAAUGGGCGGCUUCAUCUGGGACACACGUUUUCCCUGUCCAAGGCGGAGUUUGUCAUCCGGUACUAUCGUCUGAAGGGAAGGAAUGUUCUGUUCCCAUUUGGGCUUCACUGUACAGGAAUGCCUAUUAAGGCGUGCGCUGAUAAGCUGAAGCGUGAGAUUAAGGAGUUUGGCUGCCCACCGAAGUUUCCCGAGGCCGUGGAAGAGCAAGAGAGUGUCCAGGAGCGAGAUGUGGUGCCGAAAGACAAGAGCAAGGGGAAGAAGAGCAAGGCAGUGGCUAAAACGGGCUCCGCCAAGUAUCAGUGGCAGAUCAUGCAGAGCCUGGGCCUUGAGGAUGAUGAGAUCUCGAAGUUUGCUGAGUCCGAGCACUGGCUUGACUACUUCCCGCCGUACGCCAUACAGGAUCUGACACGACUGGGUGUGCACGUGGAUUGGCGGAGAACGUUCAUCACCACGGAUGCCAAUCCCUUCUUCGACUCUUUCGUGAGGUGGCAGUACAACCACUUGAAGGCACGCGGGAAGGUGAUGUAUGGCAAGAGGCACACAAUCUUCUCCCCGAAGGACGGACAGCCGUGCAUGGAUCAUGACAGAUCGUCAGGAGAGGGCGUGGGGCCACAGGAGUACACUCUGCUGAAGUUGAAAGUGGAGCAGAGCAUGCCAAAACUGCCCGGACACGAGGGUAAGAUCUUCUUAGUGGCGGCAACACUUCGUCCGGAGACAUUGUAUGGGCAGACAAACUGCUGGCUUCAUCCGGACAUCAAAUACAUCGCUUUCCGUACGACCAGGGACGAUGAAGUGUGGAUUUGUACUCGCCGCGCGGCUAGAAAUAUGUCUUUCCAAGGAUUUACGCCGUCAGAGGGAAAAGUUGAGGAGUUGGCUGAAUUCACAGGCCAGGAACUGUUUGGAAUAGCUCUCAGUGCUCCGCUUGCGGUGCACAAGAUCAUAUAUACGCUGCCAAUGCUCUGUGUGAAGGAAGACAAGGGCACAGGAGUGGUGACUUCUGUGCCAUCAGAUUCGCCGGACGAUUAUGCUUCGUUGCUGGAUUUGCAGAAGAAGCCUCCGUUCAGGGAGAAGUACGGCAUCCGAGACGAAAUGGUGCUUCCUUUUGCGCCAAUUCCCAUCAUCGAUGUCCCAACUCUGGGCAAACUGAGCGCCGUCACGGCGUGUGAGAAUUUGAAGGUGGCCAGCCAGAAUGAUCGCGAAAAACUCAUCGAAGCCAAGGAACUGGUCUAUCUUAAAGGAUUCUAUGACGGCGUGCUUCUCGUGGGUGAAUAUGCCGGGAAGAAGAUUCAAGACGUGAAGAAGAACAUCAGAGAUCAGCUGCUGAAAGCCAAGCAGGCGGAUGUGUACUAUGAGCCCGAGAAGACGAUAAUGUCCAGAUCUGGAGAUGUGUGCGUUGUCGCCUUGUGUGACCAAUGGUAUCUCAACUAUGGUGAGGAUACAUGGCGUAAUAUCACAACGCAGCACAUGGAGAAGAUGGAAAUGUUUCAUGAGGAGGCUCGACGCAAUUUUGAGGCAUGUUUCGACUGGCUUCACGAGUACGCUUGCUCUCGAACGUAUGGAUUGGGCACGAAGCUUCCCUGGGAUGAGCAGUGGCUGAUUGAAUCUCUGUCAGAUUCAACGAUCUACAUGGCGUUCUACACGGUGGUUCAUCUCCUGCAGGGCGGCUCCUUCCGGGGUGAGAAACCGAGUCCACUUGGGAUCAAGGCUGAGCAAAUGACGGAGGCCGUGUGGGAUUAUUUGUUCUUCGGCGGAGCCAAAGUGCCCACAGAGUCUGGAAUCAAGAAAGAGCAUCUGGAGCUGAUGCGGCGUGAAUUUCUCUAUUGGUACCCAAUGGAUUUGCGCGUGUCCGGAAAGGAUCUCAUUCAGAAUCACUUGACAUUCAUGCUGUACAAUCACUCGGCCAUGUGGCCUCAGGAGCCAAAUCUCUGGCCACUUGGCAUCCGCGUUAACGGACAUUUGCUUCUCAACUCCAGCAAGAUGUCCAAGUCUGAGGGGAAUUUCCUCACUCUGACUGAUGCCAUUGAGAAGUUCAGUGCCGAUGGAACUCGCCUGUGUCUCGCUGACUCGGGAGAUAGUGUUGAAGAUGCGAAUUUCGUGGAAACAACCGCCGAUGCGGGAAUUCUGCGGCUGUUCACGUUCAUUGAAUGGGUGAAAGAGAUGCUGGCAUCAAAGCCGCUGCUUCGCAAGGGUGCCACAACAUCAUUCAAUGAUAGUGUCUUCAUUAGUGAGAUGAACCUGAAGACGAGCGAAACCGAUGUGAAUUACCGGAAGAUGCUCUUCAAGGAUGCCCUCAGAACGGGCUUCUUUGAGUUCCAAUCGGCACGCGACAAAUACCGUGAGCUGUGUGGUUCAAAUGGCAUGCAUGUGGAUUUAGUGUUUGACUUUAUUCAGCGUCAGGCACUCCUCAUUGCGCCAAUUUGUCCCCACGUUGCUGAGCAUGUGUGGCAAUUGCUUGAACAGCCGGGCAGCAUCUUCAGGGCAUCCUGGCCACUCGUGGGUGAUGUGAAUGAGCAUCAGAUUAAGUGCUCAGUGUAUCUGAUGGAAGUGGCGCACUCCUUCCGUUUGGCGCUCAAGAAUACCGCCCAGGUGAAGGCAAAGGGGGCGAAAGACAAGGCAACAGCGAUCGAGAAGCCAACCGAUGGAACGGUGUGGGUGGCGAAAUCCUAUCCGCCGUGGCAAUCGUGUGUCCUCAACGUGAUGCGUGGAUUAUUCGAGAAGCUCAAUAAAUUGCCUGAUAAUAAAACAAUUUCGGUGGAAUUGGGAAAACAGGAGAUUCUGAAGAAGUAUAUGAAGAAAGUUAUGCCAUUCGCUCAGAUGAUACGUGAGAGAGUUGAGGCGCCUGGAGGUCCCCAUCGGGCUGCCUUAUCGAUUACGCUGGACUUCAGUGAGAAGGAAGUUCUCGAGAGCAACUUGGAGUAUUUGAAAAACACUCUUGAUCUCGACACUCUUGUGGUGAAAUUCACGGAUGACAAGGACGCGCCGGAAAAGACGAGGGAUGAAGUGCGUCCGGGAGCACCGUUUAUAACAUUCGCCACAAAGCCGUGUGUUGUGGUGAAGCUGGAGAAUCCGAUUCCUGCAACUGGACUCUUUACAGUUCACGUGUCUAUGGCUGAUGGGGACAAUGUGAAGAGUCUGUACGCCAAAGUGGCGAAAAUUAUCGGACUGAAAGAUGUGAAAGCACUGAAGAUCUGGCGAUACAACGAUCCUGUUCUGGGACCUCGACAACUGCCCAAGUUCAAUGAUUACAAGGCCGGAAAAUGUCUCAUUCAGGAUGGUGUUUUGAGUAUUAAUCAGGAGAAGAAAGAAGUGCUUGUGGACUCGACGAAUAUUGGAUCAACCUUGAUUUACGUGGUUGAGUAAGUGUCUUUCUCUAUCUCUCUUAUUAUCUUCUCACCAGUGAAUUCGUGAAUAAAGAUAAUUUAAUUCAA